UCUUAUUUCUUAUCUUAUUUCUCCACCAUACAACGAAAAAUCAUUAUACAAACAAACAAAACUUGUGUUUCUUUUUUGGUUUGAAGAGAAUGGCGACUGUGGCAGCUGCUGCAACUUUCUUGAACUAUGGGGCACAAUCCAUUAAUAUCCAACCCACAAAAACACCUAAAUUGUGGAAUAUGAGACGAGUUGGAACAGUUAAAUGCAAUAAUAAUUUUGGAAUAGGAGAUUUCAUUGGGGGUGAUUUGAUCAAACCUGAUAUUGGGCGUUGGCUUUCAGAUGUGGAGGAGCACAAAGCUCUUGCUAUUUAUACUCCACACGAAGGAGGAUAUGAGGGCCGUUACCUAAAUCGCCUUACUUACCAGGGCUACUACUUCCUCGACCUUUCUGCUCGUGGCCUCGGUGAUCCUGAGACAACUCUAACUAAGAUUCACCCUGUUUGUCCAGCCCAUGUGGGAAAACAACCAAUAGCAAGGUGGUACUUCCCACCUGAAGUUGAUUACAGGCUUGCUGCAUUGCCCCCAAAUGCCAAAGGACUUGUGUUGUGGGUACUUGAAGCCAAGGUUCUGUCAAAGUCGGAAUUGCAGUUUCUAGCUUUGCUUCCAACACUCCGUCCAAAAGUGAAGGUCAUUGCAGAGUGUGGGAAUUGGAGAAAGUUCAUGUGGAAACCACUUAAAGAAAUUGCUGGGCUGACUACUGAAGAGCCAGUGUAAGCACUCCAUCCAAAACAACCUGUAGAUUCUCAAAGGUCUGCAGUCUGUCCUGCUAUGAGGAUACAAAAUUUUCACAUGUAAAUUGUCAAGUGUUACACAGCAAAUUUUAUAAAGGACAAAAUGAUUUUUUUUUUU